GACCGCCGCGUCUUAAACUUCUCUAGUACAUCGCUUUUGGCUGCGCAGGCAAACGGCGGCGCGGGGUGCAUCCGCAACGAGGAUAAGGUGUUCGAUGAAAUGCCAUCUGCGGGGCUUUUGGCUCGGCGACUCGUGUCUGCGAGAGCUGAACCGCUGCCGAGGUCUCUCAGUGCAGGGACAAGAUGGAUGCACGGCCGGGGAGAGCCGCAGGACGAGGAGUUCCCGUAUGCCGAUGUUCCUCGGCCCGGGAGGAAGCAGGAGCGGAAGCCGUACGUGACGCCAAUGAAGGCCCUGAUUCGGAGGGCCAAGGAGGAGAGGCGCGUCCGGCAGGAGAACCCAUGCCGCGUGCUGGAGCACCCGCCUGGCAAUGGCCUACUCGUGCCACACCUCGUGGAGGUUGCGCACCAGGUACACAGAGCAAGGGAGAGGUUCCUCGCCGGCCUCACGAGGCUCGUCAAAGGCGAGGCCGCCAUGCCGGUGAAGCGAUGCAGGUUCUGCUCGGAGCUGCACAUCGGCAAUGUCGGGCACGAGAUCAGGACAUGCGAGGGGCCCCAGAGUGGAUCGAGGAACUCCUUGCAUGUGUGGCAGCCAGGGACCGUGCGGGAUGUUGUGGGCUUCCCAUACUGCUACCACCUGUCUGAUCGCGUCGGGAAGCCCAGGGUGGUGCGCAAGGAGAAGUACGAAGUCCCAAGGCUUCCGGCGAUCCUGGAGCUCUGCAUCCAGGCAGGCGUCGACAUAGGGCGCUACCCGACCAAACGGAGGACCAGGCCGGUCUACUCCAUUGAUGGCAGGAUUGCAGACUUUGAGUUGGACGAAGAGGAGGAGAGCUUGGAAGCAGAGACAUCACCAGAACCAUCACUGUUGUCUCCAACCGGCUCUGCUUCUACUGCCGAUGGCUCUGAGCAAACAGAGCAAGAGAUGACGGUGAGGGAGCUUGGCUCCAGGACGCUGCAGUCCUGGCUGGACAUGCGGUCCGGCGCGGCGAGGCUAAUGCGGAAGUACGGGGUGGUCACCUGCGGGUACUGCCCGGACGUGCAGGUCGGGCCAAAGGGGCACAAGGUGAGGAUGUGCAAGGCGAGCAAGCACCAGCAGCGGGACGGCCAGCACGCGUGGCAGGAGGCCACCGUGGACGACCUUGUCCCCCCGAACUACGUCUGGCACGUCCGCGACCCGGCUGGGGCCGGCGAUGGCGCGCCGCUCGCCAACGAGCUCAAGAGGUACUACGGCAAGGCUCCGGCCGUGGUGGAGCUCUGCGUGCGCGCAGGCGCUCAGGUGCCGGCGCAGUACAAGAGCAUGAUGCGGCUGGACGUCGUGCCCCCCGCGCGUGACGAGUACGACCUCGUCGCCUGAGACUAGCUCAGACGGGCAGUGAGGCAGUCCCUGUGCAUCGGCCACCGGACUGGUGCAGUGCAGGGGCAGCGCCUGCGUGUCAGCGUGUGCGUGCCGGUCGUCGGUUUGCCUGGCGGAGCUUGCAGCUGAACGAGUUUGAAAUUGUCCAGGGUAUAUCAGGCCAUUUCUUUAGGGCCCGCACAGAAACAUGCGUAUGGAUGUGGGAAGCUGGAAAUUGGUCAUGCUGUGCAAUAGCAAAAUAAAAGGGUGCGAAAUUGCAGACAAUCUUGCUAGUGCACGAGAUAACCGGAGGGAUUAUAAAUCUGAAACAUCCUCUUUGGACACAGACAUUGAGGCUUGGUAUUAUACAUUGGCGUUACAUAGGCUCUAAAUAGCAAGAUUGAGGGUGUGUUUGGUUCCUGUCCAAAGUUUGCCCUUUCAAAAUUCUAGCAACCUAUAUUAUUUUGGUUGUCAAAGGAAUCUUGCCAAUCA